CCCGCAGAGCCCAAGUGCCGCCGCUGUCGCUGUGCCCAGGCCCCCCGGAGCAUGGCCCGCUCGGCGCCCCCCGGCCGGGGCUGGGCCCCCGCGCCGCCCCCGCACCGCCUGCGCUCCCUGGCGCGCUCGUGGCUGGACGAGGACGCGCCCUGGCCGGACGCGGCGGUGGCGGCCGUGGGGGACAGCGCGACCCGAGCGGAGCUGCUCAGCAAGGGCGGGGGCGGCUCGGGGGGCGUCCUGGCCGGAGCCCCCUUGGCCGAGGCCGUUUUCGGGGUGUCGGGGUGCCGGCUCAGCUGGAGGGUGCCCGAAGGGGCGGCGCUGCCCCCAGGGCGGGCGGUGGUGGCCGAGGUGGAGGGUCCGGCCGCGGGGGUGCUGGGGGCGGAGCGGGUGGCCCUGAAUAUUUUGGGGCGCUGCAGCGGGGUGGCCUCGAUGGCCGCGAGGGCCGUGGCGGUGGCCCGGGCACAGGGCUGGGCGGGGGUGGUGGGGGGCACCCGAAAAACCACGCCCGGCUUUCGCUUGGCGGAGAAAUACGCGCUGGGGGUGGGGGGCGCCGACCCCCACCGGGGAGGUUUGGGGGGAUUCCUCCUGCUCAAGGACAAUCACCGAGCGCUGGCGGCGGCAGCGGGGGGACUCGAGCAGAUGAUUUUGGGGGUGCGCCGGGCCGGGGGCUUCACCCGCCGCUUGGGGGUCGAGUGCUCGAGUGCAGAUGAGGCUCUGGCAGCUGCAGGGGCAGGGGCUGACAUCGUCCUGCUGGACAACCUGGCCCCCCAGGAGCUGCACGAGGCGGCGGCGCAGGUCAAGGCCGCGCACCCCGGGGUGACAGUGGAGGCCAGCGGGGGGAUCGUUUUGGAGACCCUCCCCCAGUUUUUGGGGCCCCACAUCGACGUGGUGUCCAUGGGGUGUCUGACCCACAGUGCCCCCGCCCUGGACUUCGCACUGCGGGUGCUGGAACCCUAAAAUCCAUCCUGGGACCCUGCAAACCCACCCUAGGACCCCAAAAUCCAACCUGGGACUCCAAAAACCUACUCCAGAACCCCAAACCCAACCUGAGAUGCCCCAAUCCAUCCUGGGGAGUGCAAAACUCACCGUGAAACUCCAAAAUCCACCCUGGCAGUCCUCAAAGCCCAAAGUCCUCCUGCUGAGGGGGACCGUGAAAUGUGGCACUGAGUCCUCCCAGCCGCCAGGGGGCGCCAAUGCCUGAGACCUCCCCCCAGCCCGGGACUCCAAAAUCUACCUUGGCACCCACAAAAUCCGUCUGGGACCCCAAAAUCUGUCUGGGAACCUCCUCAAUCAACUCUGGGACGCAAAAAAUCCACCCUGGGACCUCCCAAUCCCCCCUGAGACCCCACAAAGGCCACCCUGAGGAUCCCAAAUCUUCAUCGUGGGCUCCUCCCACUCACCUCCCCCCUCUAAGGUGAGCCCAGAACUCCACCCUGAGGUCUCCCCAUCCUCCUUUUCUCUUUGUACUCCCAAAUAAACCCCUACCUCACCUCCCUCACAUGUCCCCUGCCAUUUUUUUCCCACGGUGUCCCCCUCAAAAUCCACCACUGAGUGCAAAACCAGCCACUUUCUAAGCAACAAAAGGGGGGCUGUGACCACUGACCCAUUGACCCCCUACUCUGGACCAGGGUCAGUUCUACUGGGCAAGAUCUGGAUCGGCCUUUUGUGAAAAACCCCCAUCUCCCUCCUGAGAAACGGGAAUGAAAAAUAGAAAUGCCUUGGCUUGGGGAGGGAAUUGGCACCUGGGCAAUGAACCCAGAGUUGGGACAAGAGUUGAAAGGGCCCAGACCCAGUUUAGGCGUCCCAGAUCUCAGUUUGUGGGUCCCACACCCAGUUGGAGGACCCCAAACACCACCUUGAGGGGCCCAAACUCCAGGUGUGUCUGGAGGGGGGGGCGGGGGCAGUCAGACCCAGUUUGAGGAUUCCAGAGCCCAGUUUCAGAGGCCCAGGUCCCAGUUUAGAGAGCUGAGACCCCAGUGUGAGGAUCCCAGAUCCUGCUGGAGGUCUGCAGACCUCAGUUUGGGGGUACCCGAUCUUAUCUUGAGAAUCCCAGACCCAGUUUAAAGAACCCAGAUUACAGUUUGAGGGUUUCUGACCCCAGUUUAGGAGUCUAGGACCUGAAUCCCCUAUUUGAGGGACCCAAUCCCCAGUUUAGAGGUUCCAGAUCCCAGUUUGAGGGUCCCAGACCCACCAGCAGAACACCUGGUACCAGCACAACACUGGGAAUUGGAAUCAGAGGAGAAAUCCUGCUGUAAAUCCCAAAAUCAGGCUCUAAU